AGUCUCCCAAACCUCUUGGUAUGUGUACCUGGCCAUUCAUUUGUCUAUUUUGUCUGGGCUCCAUGCCCACGGCAACCCCUCCCUCAGCAGCGGGCAUGAGGAAGUCCUGGCAUGAGGACAUCACCCAGGACCUGCGGAACCACCUCGUCCAUAAGCUUGUGCAGGCCAUCUUCCCCACCCCGGACCCGGCUGCGCUGAAGGACCGGCGCAUGGAGAACCUGGUGGCCUACGCCAGGAAGGUGGAGGGGGACAUGUACGAGUCAGCCAACAGCAGGGAUGAGUACUACCACCUGGUGGCCGAGAAGAUCUAUAAGAUCCAGAAGGAGCUGGAGGAGAAGAGGAGGACUCGGCUGCAGAAGCAGGACAUGAGUUGAUCAGACGCCGCUUAGAUGUUUGAUAAUUUCCUGAUAAUUAUCCAUUAGUGUUUUUUCUGCACAAAUCAAUCAUUCAUUUGAACACUAUUCUCAUCCCUCAUAUUGUUCAUAUGACUCAUCAUGGACAUGCUCUCAGUUUGGAACUAAUUAUUUGUGAUGCACUUGUUUUUUGUCAACGGGAGUUCUCCACAUAACAUUACUGACGCUGAGCAUAUUUCCAAGGCCGGGCUUGGGCCGGGUCUGUCGUACUGUUAGAAAUGUGACUCUUGUUCUGACUCUUGCACUGAAAUGUUUUCUGAAUAGUUUUGUACUGUUUCCCAAUCACUGACCCACAAGACACAUCAAAAAAGAAUUCCAUAGAAUUGCAGUUGCCAGUUUAAGCAUUCAUUUAUUUAUCUAGUAUUGAUUUGAGACUUGAUGCACUAAUCAGUUAAUUUGAUAUAUUUUAGGAUUUCCAGGUGUGAUUGGCUACAUAGAUGGCACUUAAAUUCCUAUCACAGCUCCAUCAGUAAAUUAAGGAGAUUAUGUGAAUAGGAAGUGUUAGGAUGAUGUCAUGAUGGCUGGAAAGAUGGACAACAUUUUAAAAGGGUUGACUUGGUUUAUUAGAGUGAGCUUGGAUCAUUUAAACCAGUCCAGGCAAAGUGGUCACAUGAGUGAGGCCAUGAGUUACAGAAGGCCUUAUAUACAAUGCAAUAUAGUGGGUCAAAUAUAGUUUCCAUAUACAUUUUCCUUACAGGGCACAGCAUGUGGUCAGCAUAUUUGUAUUCUUGACAGGUCUUGCCCAAUACUCUCUACUCUCUGGCUCCUGCCUGUCUCUAGCAAGAGGCCCUGACCAGUAAAUGUAGCACCUAAAUAGUAGCAUUAGCAUUCUAAAUGAAAGAUACUUCACAAUACAGCAACUGCAGCUUCAUACUCCAACCCACAUCAUCAGCAACGUGGAAGUGUCCUGGGUCUGUGAAUGAUUCGCAAAUAUUUUGUGAGUGUACACUGACCGCUAGAUUUGCUCUUGGUGAAUUUCUAUAUAUAUAUAUCCUAUUAUAAUGUAUAUUUUGUUUCCUCCUAUUGCAACUGAAAAUGCAAACUGUAUCCUCGUAUUAUCAUGGGAGAUUUUGAUGGUUACCUGCUUGGUGACAGAGGGUACUGUGGAGAAUAUCCUGUGUACUUACGUUAUUCACCAAUCAAUAGAACUUUCCCUAAUCAAUAGAACUAGUCAUUGGAUACUAGUUAAUAUGUUUGCUACUAACAAGUGUAGAUUGUGUCUAUGUGUCAGGUUGAAUAGAUGUUUGGCGUCAGGAGAAAGUACUGGGUAAACGUCCCUUGUGAUGACUACAAGGAGAGCUCCAACUAUGAUCCCUCUCUGCCCUGAGAGUGGUCAAUAGCGGGGAGCUGUGAAUUUCUUUCUCUUUGAUUGUUGUAACAUCAUUACUGCCUAAUUGUCACUAUCUAUGUUUACAUUCUUGUGCCCUAUAAAAGAUGGUCCUCCAGCCUUCAGAGCUGAGAGAGACAUGAU